AUACGUCCUACGUCAUGCAUCACGGCGCGUCACGAAAGUCUGUUCUUUCUGCUUGUUUGUGUAUUUAUUUUUCACUUGUUUCGAUAAAGAGUUAUUUCGGUACAUUUUCAGCAAGUAUCGAUCGGUUCACGUUUGCUGGCCUUCACAUUGUGAAAGUAUACGUCUGCGCGUGCGCAGUGCGCGUCCGUUAGGCCGUUGCUGUUGGAGCGGGAAUACGCACAGUGGUUGACAGACAGCAGCACAUCUCUCACCUUUACUGGUCCUACAGCUGAAAUAACAGCACAGCAUGCCUCGAGAGAUCAUCACCCUGCAGCUCGGACAGUGCGGGAAUCAGAUUGGUUUUGAGUUUUGGAAGCAGCUGUGUGCUGAGCAUGGCAUCAGCCCAGAGGGCAUCGUAGAGGAGUUUGCCACUGAGGGUACAGACCGGAAAGAUGUCUUCUUCUAUCAGGCAGAUGAUGAGCACUACAUCCCUCGUGCUGUGCUGUUGGACCUGGAGCCCCGAGUCAUCCACACCAUCCUGAACUCUCCCUAUGCCAACCUGUACAACCCGGAGAACAUCUACCUGUCUGAGCAUGGCGGUGGAGCCGGUAACAACUGGGCCAGUGGCUUCUCUCAGGGAGAAAAAAUCCAUGAGGACAUCUUUGACAUCAUUGACAGAGAGGCAGAUGGCAGUGACAGUUUGGAGGGGUUUGUGCUUUGCCACUCUAUCGCGGGGACAGGAUCUGGUCUCGGGUCCUACCUACUGGAGCGACUGAACGACAGGUAUCCUAAAAAACUGGUUCAGACCUACUCUGUCUUUCCUAACCAAGAUGAGAUGAGUGAUGUUGUCGUACAGCCGUAUAAUUCUCUUCUGACGUUAAAGAGACUGACCCAGAAUGCAGACUGUGUGGUGGUGCUUGACAAUACUGCUUUGAACAGAAUCGCCACAGACCGGCUGCACAUUCAGAACCCCUCGUUCUCUCAGAUCAACCAACUGGUGUCGACUAUAAUGUCAGCAAGCACAACAACCCUCCGUUACCCUGGAUAUAUGAACAAUGAUCUGAUUGGUCUGAUUGCAUCACUCAUCCCCACUCCCCGCCUCCACUUCCUCAUGACUGGAUACACACCGCUGACCACCGAUCAGUCCGUGGCAAGUGUGAGGAAGACUACAGUUCUUGACGUGAUGAGGAGACUCCUGCAGCCCAAGAAUGUCAUGGUGUCCACAGGCCGAGACCGUCAGACCAAUCAUUGCUACAUUGCCAUUCUCAACAUUAUUCAGGGAGAGGUGGACCCCACACAGGUCCAUAAGAGUCUGCAGAGAAUCAGGGAGAGGAAGUUAGCUAAUUUUAUCCCAUGGGGUCCGGCUAGUAUUCAGGUGGCACUGUCCCGCCGAUCCCCCUACCUGCCCUCAGCUCAUCGUGUCAGUGGACUUAUGAUGGCUAAUCACACCAGCAUCUCUUCAUUGUUUGAGCGUACCUGUCGUCAGUAUGAUAAGCUGAGGAAGAGGGAGGCCUUCCUCGAGCAGUUCAGGAAGGAGGACAUAUUCAAGGACAACUUCGACGAGCUGGAUAACUCUCGUGAGGUGGUUCAGCAGCUCGUGGAUGAAUACAGCGCCGCCACACGUCCCGACUACAUCUCCUGGGGCACACAAGAGCAGUGAAAUCCCCUCCGCUCACUCCCUAAGGAGGAGCUCUUAGAGCGAAAAAAGGCAGGCUCUAAACUCAUCCUGUAAAAUACACAGUGACUCCAGUAGCGAAUAACAGAAUUUCAGUAGUGAACGCACCUCCAGAGACUCGUGUCCAUAAAUCUUUCACCAUACUGUUCUGUGAGAGGCUUCUCUGCGUUACCUCUCACGUAUGUAUAUACAUGUCAUUUGUCAUGUUUACGGGCCUCUUCAUAACCUGGUGCCUCUAUCCCGAGCUGUAACUUUCACUCUUUCUCUCUCUCCUCCCGAUUUCCUUGAUUUCUUUGAUCAGAGAAUUUAUGGCUCCGUCUUAAUCUAUUUUUGUACUGCACUCUGCACUCUUCUGCACAAAAUCUACAUCAAUCUACGUCAAGGUGGCCUGCACACAAACUUCCCUGACCACACACACGUUGGACGUCUACACCGAUAAGACUGGGUGGUCUCAGAUGAAUGUAACCGUAGGAGGGAGUGUGAAAGAUUAAGCCUCUUAGAAGAGAUCAGACUAGAAGCAGCUUAUGAAUACACCAUCUCACUCCCUCACGUUCAUGCAUGCAUGCUUUUAGACAAAAGGCGCUUGCUUUCAGGGGAUAGACUAUGAUUGUGCGAUUGAAUCAGUUUUCCUCUCGGCCUCUUCGUCGCGGAUUACUCUCGAAGAUUAUCUUGAGUUUUGAGAGACGAUCGGUAAAGUCAAGUGUUAUGCUGUACCUCAAUCCAUCCAAUCGGCGAACCCUCAUCGGGUUCUUCUUCUAGUCAAUCAAAUCAGUGAAGUUACCUCAAAGUCUGGCAGAGUCAAUCAUACACCACAAUCCCAACACAUCACGUUUGAUUUGAAUAGUUUAUUCUUCUGCUCCGGUCUUCCUUGUGCUGGAGUGAAACUUUCAUGCCAGAUUUCUGUCUCAAUGCUUUUUUCCCCCUUGGUUACCACGUUCUUAUUAUUAAUAUUAUACUGUGUAUAUAGUUUGCUGUCAGACUUGAUGCAUUUACUUGAAGUUCAUGAGAUUUGAAUAAAUGUUUUUCUACAAGAAUAUUUCCAUAGUGUGCAAAUACUGAUUACUCUCAAAACCAUCUGCGCUCAUGUCAUAGUCACUCACAUGGGUCAUUUGACCUUAAAACACCAAAUAUCUCAGGAAUUAAUGCCUUUACCUUUGAUAACCUCUUUGGUCUUUGUCUCAUAUUCCACUGAUAAGCUGAGUCAAGGACAUACUCUAUAUCAGGUGUGUCCAAUCCUGCUCCUGGAGGGCUUUGUUUAGCUCCAACCUGUCUUAACACAGUUGUCUGCUAGUUUCUAGUAAUCCUGAAGACCUUGAUUAGCUGGUUAAGGUGUGUUUAAUUAGGAUAGUGGCCCUAGGACGCCCCACAUGGUAGCAGUUACACUUUCUUCCGAAAUGUCUUCCCAAGCAGUUUCUGUUUCUUCCAAAGGUUGCAGACAUUUCAUGUCUCUCCAGUGGAAUUUUUUAUUAGGGACAUGCUGGUCCCAAAACGUAAUUUCAUAUAUCAAAUCAAGAGACCGUUUCUCAGAACUGCAUGUUACUUUCCUUGUAACUGGCAUGUUUAUUUUCAGCAGUUGGUUUCAGUGGGGUUUUUAAUCUUUUCUACUCAACAUUAUAGGAUCUUGAUGCCUGGUUAAACUGAAUGCUUGAAAACAUGACAAACAGGCAAAACCAUCUAGAUUUGGACUAUUCAUAACUGUUAGCAGUCAAUGCAAGUUAUUUAUAACAUUUCUAAAUAUUAUUACGUCUAUUAAUACACACUGUCCGUCCAAAAAAAAAAAAGUCACCACUUGGAUUUAACUAAGCAAAUAGGUAAGAUCCUCACAUUGAAUAAUUACUGCAUUGAUGAUUGUUAUGUGCCCAAAGAAUGAAGUCAGCUGACUUCCUGUAUAUACUGAAUGACCAGGUUAUUCCAUCAAUGAAUUUUUUCUUCCCUGAUGGCACGGGCAUAUUCCAAGAUGACAAUCGGGCUCAAAUUGUGAAAGAGUGGUUCAGGGAGCAUGAGACAUCAUUUUCACACAUGGAUUGGCCACCACAGAGUCCAGACUUUAACCCCAUUGAGAAUCUUUGGGAUGUGCUGGAGAAGACUUUGCGCAGCGGUCCGACUCCCCCAUCAUCAAUACAAGAUCUUGGCGAAAAAUGUAUGCAACUCUGGACGGGAAUAAAUAUUGUGACAUUGCAGAAGCUUAUCGAAAUGAUGCCACGGCGAAUGCUUGCCGUAAUCAAAGCUAAAGGUGGUCCAACGAAAUAUUAGAGUGUGUGGCUUUUUUUUUUUGGACGGGCAGUGCAUAUACUAACAUAUCAAGGCACUAUAUUCUUCUAAUAUUUUUCUAUAAAUCGGCUUUAAAAUAGUAAGCAUAUAGAAUGAAAUUCACUAUAUUAUUGAAAUUAUAUCACUUUAAUAUAUACACUACUGUUUAAAAGUUUAUGGGUUGAUAACAUUUUUAAAUGUUUUUGGAAGUCACCAAAGUUGCAUUUAAUUGACAAACUAAAAAUUAAAAUAAAAAAAGUUAUAGUGUGAAAUAUUACAAUUGAAAAUAAGUUUUUAUACAAAUAUGUAUAUACAAUGUACAAACUGUAAUUUAUUUCUGUGAUAACAAAGCUGAAUUUUCGCCAGCCAUUAAUCAAGUCUUCUGUUGAAAACAGUUGUGUAAACCAUGAUGCAUUUUUUUUUUUUCAGAGUUAAUGAAUAGGAAGUUAAAAGAACAGCUUUUAUUUGGAAAAAAAAUACAUGUGUGUGUGGCAAAAACUUCUACAUUUUACAGAAAAAUUACUAAAAUUAUUUAUAUAUAUAUA